ACUCUCAGCGACCAGAAAUAACGCCAAGCGACCCUGUACCGCUGCACGGUGCUCCCAUUGCAAACAAUUGAAAAAAUAAAAAAUAAAAAACAAAAAAAAUAAAAAUACGCUGGCCUCAGGAAAAAAAGCUUUAGUAGUCACACGGCCUUAGAUCUAGUACAAUAGCUGGACUUUUCUUUGAGUGAGGAGCUGUUAAUUUUAUUAGUGAAACAGAGAAAACGCACCACACGUUGAUUAGAUCUCUUCAAAGAUUACAAGGUUUAAGAGUUUUAUAAGCAACCCCCGAAAAGGCAUGAGCUCUUACGAUGUUUUGCUGGAGUUAUACGGUGAAUUGUAGGAGUUUAAGGUGAUUUUACAAAAGUAAAAGGAGUUUUCAAGGAUCCUAUAAACUCAAAUAAAUCAUCUUAAAAUCAUCAGUCAAGUCUCGGCCAUCAUUCGGGCGGGUCUGCUACAAUCUGUGUUACUGAGCUGCUGAUCAUUUCUGAACACACAGAUCACCUCUGGUGACUCAGAAUGCUUGCAGUGGAAUUUCUUGUGUUCAGCACCCUAUCAGUUGCUUGGUGUCAUUCGGACAUCUUGGUGUCAGUCCCUCAAACCCUGAACACCACUAACGGUCUCUGCCUUAUGAUUCCCUGCCUAUUCACCGUUCCAAAGGAGAAAGAGGAAAUGCUUGACAAUUCCACAGUACUGACAUGGAGAAGAGGAUCUCUGUGGACCAUCUAUGAUACAGCUCAUUUCAAUGCCACACACCGUCAGCUAGAGCCUCUGACUGAGGUGGUGGGUGACCUACAAAAGAAAAACUGCACUUCUGUCAUGAGGAAUCUCAACAGCCUGCAUUCAGACCGUUAUUUCUUCAGGCUUCAAACUAAACACUUUAUUUGGACUGAAACAAAAGCUGUACUGAUAACUGUGUCAGUUUCCAUGCCUGAGCCGACUGUGAUGGUGCCAGUACUCAAGGAAGGUGAGCAGGUGAAUCUGACCUGCACUGUUCCAGCUCCUUGCCCCAGUCACUCUCCAAAUGUAACUUGGGUUCCUGCAUUAGGUGGUAACAUAACACGGGAAACACGGCUGAAUGCUGAUGGGACUUUGAGUCUUUUUGACAUUUUGCAAUUUGUCCCCUCAUUUCACCAUCAUGAGCUGAAAGUGAGCUGUGUUUCCAUUAAUCCUCUACACAGAGAGGACAAACCACUGCUCAGCCGCAAGACCAUCAUCCUCCAUGUGCAAUAUCCUCCCAAGAAAACUUGGAUCUCUCUAACGGGUUGGGUCAGGCUUGGCAAUAAUUUGACCCUCAUGUGUUUAAGUAAUGCCAACCCUCCAGCAUCCCACAGGUGGUUCAGGCAAUGGGCAGGUAAAGAGGAAGAACUGGGCAUUACUGCACAAGUCAUUUCCUUCACUGCGACCCAUGAGAAUAGUGGAGAAUACAUUUGUGAGGCGCAGAAUCUACUGGGAGGAAUGAACUCCACAAAGCUACUGAUCGAUUUGCCAGGCAUAUACUUCAUUGCAUUGCUCCCAAUUUUGGCAGCGCUCUUGUUGCUUAUGUUUGCAGUCAUCCUUUACCUGAUUUAUAGAAGGUGCAAAGGAUCAAAUAUACAUGACACGAAUGAAAAUCUGAAUAUUUAUGCCAAUGUGUCUGCAAGCGCAGCAGAAACCCAGCAACUUCAAUCAAGGCCAUGUGGGGAAAAGGACAUGUUCACAUUCGAUGAGAAUGACCCCGAUGAAAGCAUCUAUGCAAACUGUUGAAAUGAGGAAUGGGACAUUUUAAACACUGUCCUUUCAAAGAUCAGCCUUGAACAACUGAUCCACUAUCGGUAUUAUAUUGGUAAUGACAUUUUUGAUAAGCUUGAGCAUUUUGUACACAGAACUAAUUCUUCUACAAUUACAUUCAGAAUGACAGUGGGGACCACAAUUUUCAGUCCAAAUUGAGUAAAUGGAUUUCAAAUUCUGUAAAAAGUUUAGAUACUCCUACUAGACUUUGAUUUGCACACAAAGUAAACAAAACUGUAAAUCUGUAUUGCGCAGAGUCAAACUUGAUCUCCAUAGAGUCUUAUCCAACACAGGAAAUACAGAAUAAACGGUGUUCUCAGUUAUUGAUUUUAUUCCCACAGUCUUUGAGUACAUACCCACCCAAUGAUUCUGAAGAUAUUGAAGGUCACACAGGUCUGGGAAUAUUAGUUCUCAGUUCUAGUGUGACAUGUUAUGUUGUGUUUUAUUUAGCACAACUUUACUGCAUUACAUGUCUGUGACCAGCAGAUGUCCUCAAUGUGCAGUAUUUUGAGCACUUUGAAAAAGUGACUCCUUUGCACCUUUCAGAAGGCUUUGUUUGUCCCAUCACUUCCAACCAUAGUUAAGUUGUUGUGGAAAUAAAAACAGGUUGUUACACAUUUUGUGAAAGGCGGUACACAAAGAUUUUGCUUACAUCAGGAAGAAGGAAAAUCACAAUUCCGUAAUAUUUCCAUAUUCUUUUAUAAUCGUAGGAACCCUGACUGUAAGAAAAGCCCAUAGGUUAACAGGUCUGGGACAGAAAAACAUUAGGCUACCUGUUUAAAAUAUAAAAUCACUUUUACAUAGACAAAAACAUGGCUGUGCAACAUUCUUAACAGUGUUAAGCAAAAUCCUAAACAAUGUUAAUGAAAUAAAGCCCAACCUUGGACAAAUUAACAGGCGUUUUUCAAAAGUCCAUUUACUCCAAUGAAAUAUUCGGGCUGAAUGGAAUGGUUUUUGUUUCUUUGUUUUAGGCGAACACAACUAUAACCAUAUAUAAGGGAGCUAUCAUUUAUAUUUUCAAAUUUUUCAGUCUAGCAUUUACAAUCUCAAGCUACUUUUAUUCAUUUAGCAGAUGCUUUUAUUCAAACUUAAGAGUUAAAAGGGAAGAAUAAAACACAAGCGAUUCAUCAUAAGGAGACAUAACAUUACUAGUGUAAUUACUAGUAAUCUAGGGCCAGUGUCCUGUAAAUAUAUGCUACCUAUCAGAAUGUGCUACCAAUGCUAUAU